UUAAGCUUCACUAUCUCAGCAGAACACUUGCUAUCGGUUGAUUCUCCUUGUUUGUGAGCAACAUGGGCAAAAUAUACCAGUUAACAGUUGUCGGAAUACAAGGGGAAAAGAAAACUGUUGAUGUUGCAACUACAGAAGAAGACUUCAACAACACAACUAUUCUUGUAUUCAAGAAGAAACUUAUCGAGAAGCUGCCAGGAAACAUAGAUCCUUCUGAGCUUCGGGUUCUGUAUGCGGCCAAACAGUUGGAGGACAAUGACAAACUGUCUGAUCAUGGAAUAAAGGAUAAAUCCACACUCAUGCUCGUACUACGCUUGCAUGGAGGAUGGACACAUAUAUAUGCACUCACUAUGAAGUCACAAAUGUAGUAGCCUAGGCCAGGGGUUCCCAAACUUUUUACGACAAGGCCCCCCAAAUACCACAAGGUUCUGGCC